UGGUUUGUCUUUGUCCAUGGCUGAUUUUGCACUGUUUAUAUACCAAUAGGGAGCAGCCGAACCAGUCUCAUCCAAUGGCGGAUCAACAAUGCUGCACCAAUGUGAACGGUGUGUAAGUAUUGACGAUGAGAGCACAAAAACUAUCAUUUAAUUUGCACCGUCAUGCCCCCAUUUUCUAAUCAGAGUGACCCUGUUUCUACACGCCCAAAUCUUUCUUCAACACUCUACAAUCAUGUCCUCCAUUUCUUAAAGAAGCAAUCCUCUGUUUAUCUCUCUUCAGGAAACCCAUCUCCUUCAAUGGAAACCAAAACAGUUCACUUUCUGUCUCUAAUUUUCCUCUCUCUCCUCUCUUCAUCCACCUCUUUCACUCCCACAGAUAAUUACCUUCUCAACUGUGGCUCAGCCACCAACACUUCGCUCUAUAACCGAGUCUUUGUAGCCGAUGCUUCCAGGCCAGGUUUGUUUUUUCUCUCAGCUGACAGGUCCAUUCCCCUCGCUGACCACAACCCAUCUCCAAAUUCUCCUGCUUUGUACCAUACAGCGAGAGUUUUCACCACUCCUUCGAGCUACAAGUUCAACAUUAGGAAGAAUGGGACUCACUUGGUACGUUUUCAUUUCUGGCCAUUUGCAGCUCAAGGUUUUAAUUUAUCAGAUGCAAAAUUUAGUGUUCUUGUUAACGGCAAUAUGAUGUUGAGAGAUUUUAGUACCCAAGUUGCCGUGCUUAAGGAGUAUAUAAUGAAAGUAGAUGAUGAAAUGCUGGAAGUUUUGUUGAUACCUGUGGAUGAGUCAGGUUUUGGAUUUGUUAGUGGAAUUGAAGUGUUUUCGGCUCCCAAGGACUUCAUCGUUGAUUAUGGAGCCAGACUGGUUAGUGCUAAUGGAAUUGAAGAGUACAAGAACCUUUCGUUGCAUGUUUUAGAGACAAUUCACAGGAUUAAUGUGGGAGGUUCAAAAUUGACACCUUUUAAUGAUACUUUGUGGAGAUCGUGGAUCCCUGAUGAUGAUUUUCUUGUUUUGAAAUCUGCUGCUAAGCGUGUAGCUACCACUCAUACUCCUAAUUAUCAGAGUGGGGGUGCCAGCCCAGAGAUUGCGCCGGAUAAUGUGUAUAUGACUGCACAGCAGAUGAAUAAGGAGAACGCAACCUUAGGGGCUAGAUUCAACAUCACAUGGGAGUUUCCAGUGGGUUCGUUUGGUGUUCGACACUUGGUUCGCUUGCAUUUUUGUGAUAUUGUUAGCACUUCACUUAAUCAGUUGUACUUUGAUGUCUAUGUGAAUGACUACUCUGCUUACAAGGAUCUUGAUCUUUCUACACUUACAUUCCACAUGCUUUCAUCUCCAGUCUACGUAGACUUCAUUGCAGAUUCUGAUGAUCUGGGGGUCAUGCGUGUGAGUGUUGGACCCUCGGAUAUAAGCACUUCUUUGAAAGUCAAUGCUAUUUUGAAUGGGGUAGAGAUUAUGAAGAUGAUAAAUGCUGCUGAUUCACAGAGUGAAUAUACAAAGAGAACUAUUUGGAUUGCGCUGGGUUCAACUCUUGGAGGCCUUCUUAUAUUUUCUUUAGCUGUGCUUGCAGCUGUGCUUCUAUGUAAAUGCAAAAAACAGAAACCAAAACCAAGGCGUGCAGAAAGUGCAGGUUGGACACAUUUACGUGUAUAUGGAGGUAGUUCUCGCAGUAGAAUGUCUGAAGUGACUGUCAAUGCAUCUCCUGGCCCAAAUGGUUAUCACAGCUUGAGGAUCCCUUUUGCUGACAUUAAAUCAGCCACUAACAAUUUCGACGAAAAACUGAUCAUUGGUGUUGGUGGAUUUGGUAUGGUUUACAAAGGGGUUCUUAAAGACAACACGAAGGUUGCUGUAAAGAGGGGUGUUCCUGGAUCUAGGCAAGGGCUUCCAGAAUUCCAGACAGAAAUAGCAGUUUUGUCCAGGAUACGUCACCGUCAUCUUGUUUCCCUCAUUGGGUAUUGUGAAGAGCAGUCGGAAAUGAUACUAGUUUAUGAGUAUAUGGAAAGGGGCCCGUUGAAGAAUCAUUUAUAUGGUGCAAGAUAUCCUCCUCUGUCAUGGAAGCGAAGGCUUGAAAUCUGCAUUGGUGCAGCAAGAGGUCUUCACUACCUGCAUACAGGUUCAACGCAAGGCAUCAUCCAUCGUGAUAUCAAGUCUACAAAUAUUUUGCUUGACCAAAAUUAUGUGGCCAAGGUUGCUGAUUUUGGUCUUUCAAGAUCUGGGCCAUGCCUCAAUGAGACUCAUGUAAGUACUGGCGUCAAAGGUAGUUUUGGUUAUCUUGAUCCAGAAUACUUCCGGAGACAGCAGCUGACAGAUAAGUCAGAUGUUUAUUCAUUUGGAGUUGUGCUUUUUGAAGUUCUUUGUGCUAGACCUGCUGUUGAUCCAUUGCUUGCUAGAGAGCAAGUGAAUUUAGCUGAAUGGGCAAUGCAAUGGCAGAAAAAAGGCAUGCUUGAGAAAAUUAUCGACCCCCAUCUUGUCGGACAGAUAAAUCGAAACUCUCUAAAGAAGUAUGGAGAAACAGCAGAGAAAUGUUUGGCGGACUAUGGUGUGGAUAGGCCUACCAUGGGCGAUGUGCUAUGGAAUUUGGAGUAUGUACUUCAGCUUCAGGAAUCUGGACCAUCAGAGGAUGGCAAUGCAAAUGCACAGGAGCUCCCAUCACCUUCAAUGAUUCCCCAAGGUUCAUCAACCGAUACUAAAAACCAGCAAAGUUUUUUCCUAGUUGAUGACCAAUGAAGGCAGAUAGUUCUAUAAACAGUUCACACUCUAAUUCUGUUCGAAUUUAUUUAAUUUGGAAGAUACCAUGCCAAACUUUAAUCUUAUCUCACCAUCUUCUUUUUCCCAAUUCUAAAUUAUAUUAGUUGCAUCUUAUCUUGAUUUUCAUAGCAAAUACGAUUGUAUCUUAAAUGAAUCUAAGUUAAAUCUAUAUUCAGUCCCCUAAGACGUAAAAUUCCUGCUGUAGCUUUUCUGCUAAAUGGAAACUAUGUUGUCUAAUGAAUUAGUGAACCUUGGAAUCCAUAUAAAAACACUUUGUUGUGCC